CAGAGCACGCCAGAUGCCUGCAACGAUGGUCCUGUAACACUUCACAAAAUACAUGUACUCGCUGAAGAAGGGAGAUCAUUAUUAUAAUCAUGUCACGAUAUCACAAAGCAGCCAUCGAUGGCUAUUUGGAUCUUUUGAAAGAAGCCACAAGGAAAGAUCUAAACACCCCGGAUGAGGAUGGCAUGACACCCACUCUCUGGGCAGCUUACCACGGACACAUCGAAGCUCUGCAGCUCAUUUGCAGUCGAGGGGGGGAUCCGAACAAAAGUGACAUCUGGGGGAACACGCCUUUGCAUCACGCCUCUGCAAACGGUCACAUGCAGAUCGUCAGCUUCUUGGUGAACUUUGGAGCCAACCUCUUCGCUCUGGACAAUGACUUCCACACUCCCAUGGACGUGGCUGCCUCUCGAGACCACAUGGACUGCGUCCGCUUCCUGGACACCGCUGCCGCCCAACAGACAGGCCAGAACGCCAAAAGGGUGGCGCGUCUGAAAGAACAGGCCACCAAAGAUGCCGAGCGCAGAGUGAAGCAGUGUGAACGUGUCAAGAAGAGACAUCAGAAUAAGAUGGACAAGAUGUACCGCAGCGGAUCUGUCUCGGAAGGAAGUUCCCUUUCCAGCUCGGGUACCUUGAGCAGCGUGAACGGAGAACAGUUCUCCAAACUCAUAGCCGCAGACACCAACGGAUCGAUCUCUUCAACGAUCAAGGGAACCCUCCAGCGCAAAUUUGGGAAGAAAGACAAAGAGACAGUGAGUAGACAAGGGGACGGCAAUGUAAUUUUUGUCAAACAAGACAGCGGCUCCAAAGAGAAACCUGGUUUUGUUGACGUCUUCAGUGAGCAGGAUGAAAUUCAGGAUGAUGAUGAUGACGAUGCCAAGAGAGAUUCAGACAACGAAGGAGCCAGUCAGGGCAAGUCUAUUUUCGAAAGACCUGGUCUUGGGAAAAUGGUGUUCCGCAGGAACUUCUCCAUGGAAAUGGCCAUGGACCAUGAAGACCUCCCCAGCGGCAAUACAGAAGACCUAGGGUACCUCAUCCGUCAAGAGUUGUUUGAGACUGUGGAAGAAGUUCUGGAGGGUUUGGACGAGAAUUCAGAGCUUCCUUGGAAUGAAGAGGAGAUCGGUCUGGAUGAGGAAGAGGAGGCCUCACACUUGGAUUCCUUCUUGGCGUCAAUUGGCCUGUUGGACUACGGUCCUGUGUUCACCCGUGAACACCUGGAUCUUGACGCCCUCAUGCUUUGCUCAGAUGACGAUCUUAAAGGCAUCCGCAUCCAGCUGGGGCCGCGCAAGAAGAUCCUGGAAGCGUCGGCUCACAGGAAAGCUGUGCUGGAGCAGCCUGGCGUUAUGAAGGACACCUUCCUUUAAUAACGUGCACCACUCAAUCCUGCCAUACACAAACAUUCACAGUUUCUCUCCACUGACACCCCUUUGUCAUCAUGUAGUGGUUUCAUAGCUCACUUUCUGUGAUUUUGAAGAUUGUAUGAAGAAACACAGCAGUUAAAAAUGUCCUUAUUGUAGUAAAAUAAGUUUAAUCUCCAAAACAAACA